UGCUUUUGGCCUACAUACAACCUCAAAGAGUUUCAGGAAGAGAUUUUGCUCAUAAAUAGACACACACGCCCACAAACACACAUACAGUAGAAGUCUCGGACCAGGCUGAGUGAUGGCUGGCUAUGGCGAGGGUCCAGAGGAUGAUGUCUGUCUGAGGUGGACAUGGGUGAAGGUCAUCGUACUGGUCUGCUGUUACGGAUCAGUGGUCCGAAGUGGUCAGUCUCCCAACAAUGUGGUAACCGGGGGCAACCUGACAGCCAGGGCUGGAGACAGCGUGACGUUCCGCUGUGAGGUUCGUAAUGGCUCCCACAUCAACAUGGUGAAGUGGACCCGGUGUUACCGAGGGGCGGCGCCCAGUAAGGUCCUCGUCUUCAUGACCUCGGGGUCACAGCUGUGGCUCAGCGACACCCACCAGGGACGUGUCACCAUGACGACAGCCAGCAGCUUCACCCUGAGGAACGUGAGCAUGGAGGACUUUGGGUUGUACUGCUGCAAGCUGAACGUGUUCCCUGAUGGAGUGCUGCAGGCAGAAGUGCAUCUGAGUGAAGGAACCGGAGAGGUAGACCAUGAAGCUUCUCAAAGACCCACACUGUUUGGCCUUCCUCCACAGGUCGUGUACAUCUUGGGAGGCAUUGCGUGUGCUCUAGUGUUGGUUGUUGUCGUGACGACUGUGAUUGUUUGUAAGAAGCAGCGCAGCUCCAGAGUCCAGCUCCAGGACUACGCCAACGUACCAGUGCACCGAGGGAGAGUCCCAAAAGGUCCUAAUGACGCGGGAGAGGAGAACGACAAGGCUGCAGAGGAGAAGGAUGAUGAUGAUGAUGAUGAUGAAGAGGACUUUGAUUACCAAAACAUCCCCAGGGGUUCCUGACCCUUGAACAUGUCACACACACACACACACACACACACAUGCUCAGCCCGCACAUACACAUUUCCAUCUGGGUCAUUACACGGCUAGCUGCAUACAGUACAGAACUGUAUACAGUACACAUGCUAGACUUGGAAACAAUCUACAGCUCUUAAAACACACUAUGCCUGAUGUGCUGUUAGCUUGUUAAACACACACACACACACACACACACACACACACACACACACACACAAACACACACACUAACAAGAUAAAUAACAUGUAGCCUUUUACUGUUUCAUUAUCAAGAAUCUUUCCAAGUUAGACAUUUUUCUAUUGUCUUGCACACACAAUCACCAAUUCCAAUAAAUAAUAUUGUAAUUUCCUCAGGCAAAAACAUGGCUUUUGAUUUCAAUACAACAAGAUAUCACUGAUGACUAAAACAAUUAUCUCUGAUAUUCAAAAUAUAUCACUGAUUAAAAAAUAUAUAAUUACGGAUAUAUAAUUCACAGCACUUUUGAAACUUUUGCAUAAGAACAUUUUCAUAUUAAAGCACUCUGAAAAGAGAUUUGAGCACUUC